UUUUAUUUGUCACGUCGUCCGCGCAUGCGCGUGUCACCCGGCAGUGAAACCCGUUUUUUUCACACAGGUGAACAACAGCAAAACAGACACCGAGAGUCCCGAUAACAGAGAGCAGAAAUGGGCAAAGGCGGCGGAACGUUUGAUAGACUGUUGGAUAAGGCUACCAGUCAGCUGCUGCUGGAGACAGACUGGGAGUCCAUUCUGCAGAUAUGUGACCUCAUUCGGCAAGGCGAUACGCAGGCAAAAUAUGCAGUUGGUGCCAUCAAGAAAAAACUCAAUGAUAAAAAUCCACAUGUGGCGCUCUAUGGUCUCGAGGUCCUGGAGUCAGUGGUGAAGAACUGUGGCCAGACGGUUCAUGAUGAAGUGGCCAGUAAGCAGACAAUGGAAGAGCUGAAGGAGCUGUUCAAGAAACAACCCGAACCGAACGUGAAGAAUAAGAUCCUUUAUCUGAUCCAGGCCUGGUCCCACGCCUUCCGCAACGAGCCCAAGUACAAAGUCAUCCAGGACACCUAUCAGAUCAUGAAGGUGGAAGGUCAUGUCUUCCCAGAAUUCAAGGAGAGUGAUGCCAUGUUUGCAGCAGAAAGGGCUCCUGAUUGGGUGGAUGCAGAGGAGUGUCACAGAUGUAGGGUUCAGUUUGGUGUUAUGACCCGGAAGCACCACUGCAGGGCAUGUGGGCAGAUUUUCUGUGGGAAGUGCUCUUCUAAGUACUCUACCAUUCCCAAAUUUGGCAUUGAGAAGGAGGUGCGUGUGUGUGAGCCCUGCUUCGAAAUUCUCAACAAGAAAGCCGAAGGGAAGGCCGCCAGCACUGGGCAGUCCGAGCUUCCCCCUGAGUACCUGACCAGCCCUCUGUCCCAGCAGUCUCAGGUAGUGCCCACCGAAUCAAUGCCUCCUAAGAGAGAUGAGGCUGCGCUGCAGGAGGAAGAGGAGCUGCAGCUGGCCAUCGCGCUGUCUCAGAGUGAGGCCGAGGAGAAGGAGAGGAAGAAACAGAAGAACACUUACUCUGCGUACCCCAAAGUUGAUCCCACCCCUGUGACUUCCUCUGCCCCUCCUGCCAGCACUCUCUACUCCUCUCACAUGAACUCAUCAGCUCCAUCGGCUGAAGACGUGGAUCCAGAGCUGGCCCGUUACCUAAACAGAACUUACUGGGAGAAGAAACAGGAAGAGGUUCGCAAGAGUCCCACCCCCUCUGCUCCUGCUCCUGCCUCAGCCUCUGCUCCUGCCUCUGCUCCUGCUCCAGUUUCACUGGCUGAGCCCGUGCCAAUCAGCCAACCAGUGGAAAGCCUCGCUCCGGUCCAACCCAUCAACAUAGUGGAGCAGCAGUAUCAGAAUGGAGAAUCUGAGGAGAACCACGAGCAGUUCCUGAAGGUCUUGCAGAACGCCGUCACCACCUUCCUUAACCGCAUGAAGAGCAACCACAUGCGCGGCCGCAGCAUCACCAACGACAGCGCUGUGCUCUCUCUCUUCCAGUCCAUCAACAACAUGCACCCACAGCUGCUGGAAAUACUCAACCAGCUGGAUGAGAAGAGACUGUACUAUGAGGGUCUUCAGGACAAACUGGCACAGGUGCGUGAUGCGUGGGCGGCACUGAACGCUCUGAGAGAGGAGCACAGGGAGAAACUGAGACGGACCGCUGAGGAGGCAGAGAGACAGAGACAAAUCCAGCUCGCCCAGAAACUGGGGAUCAUGAGGCAGAAGAAACAGGAGUACCUGGAGAUGCAAAGACAGAUCGCAAUCCAGCGUCUGCAGGAGCAGGAGAAGGAGAGACAGAUGCGUCUGGAGCAGCAGAAACACACCAUUCAGAUGAGAGCACAGAUGCCCACGUUCUCUCUGCCUUACGCACAGAUGCAGUCACUGCCUCCUAACAUGGCAGUGGGGGUGGGGUAUCCCCCCGCCGGCCCUCCCAGCUAUCCUGGCACGUUCAGUCCCAAUGGCUCAGUGGAAGGGUCGCCCAUGCAUGGAGUCUACAUGAACCAGCCCGGACAGACAGCUGCUGGUGGCCCGUACCAGGCCAUGCCUGUGUCAGCUACAGAUCCCAACAUGGUGAACGCUUACAUGUAUCAGACUGCAGGCUCCAGUGGGCAGCCAGCCGCCCCUGGACAAGCCCCUCCCACAACCACCCCUGCCUACACUAACUACCAGCCCACACCUACACAAGGCUACCAGAACGUGGUCUCUCAAGCUCAGAGUUUGCCCCCGAUGUCCCAGGCUGCCCACACCAACGGUAUUACCUACAUGGGCUACCAGCCAUACAGCAUGCAGAAUAUGAUGACCGCUCUUCCAGGACAAGACCCCAACAUGCCUCCCCAACAGCCCUACAUGCCUGGGCAACAGCCUAUGUACCAGCAGAUGGCUCCCCCCGGUGGGCCGCAGCAGCAGUCACAACAGCAGCCGGCUCAGGCUCCUCCGGGCAGUGCAGAGGCUCAGCUCAUUUCAUUUGACUGAUCAUAGCUCAUCAUAUGCCUUUACCCACCAAGUCCAGCACACUACAUUAAAUUUAUCACCCUGCACCUGCUCGCGCUUCACUAUGCUCCACAGAUACUGAAGGUGUACAGAUAUUGUAAAAGCAUUAGGCUGUCUGCGUCCCCCUACUCGCACCCUCUCUUUCAGUGACGGAGGAGAGAUUACAGAUGGAGCUGGGGGGGAACCUUUGUCUCUUAACUGGAUGAAUCUCACAAAACUCGGUCUAGAUCAUAUUUUACCCCAAAACAAAAAAAGAAACCCUUUUUUUGGUGAUUUAAAAAAAUAAAUCUAUUUUAGACCAUUACAUUUUUUUUUUUUGUAUUGUGACAUCAGUUAUGACAAUUAAAUGUUUCCUUUCUCCGUUCUCAUUAUUGUAAAGCAGAAAAUUGGUAUUUCAUUUAAACUGUAAAGUAGUUAGAUGGUAAUAUUUGUUGUACUGCCUUUAUCCUGAUAUCAUGAUUUAAAAAUGACUGUAUAUUAGAAUGAGAUUCACCAUAGACAAUUAUGAGAAUUACCAAAAAACAAACAAAUAAACUGUCAAGUUGCCUUGACACAUUAAACAUAUGAGAGUUUUGGUGGAAAUAUGAUUCAUGAGGAUGCAAAAAAUCUUAAUGGUCCUAGAAUGAAAUGGCCUUUUUUUGUGUGUGUGUAAGGAAAUGUAAAAAGCCCAUUUCUGCAACAUAAGAUAGUAAUACUUUGGUAAAUCAUAAUUAUGACAUAAGUUGAAAUGUAAUGUCAAAAUGAUACAAUACGAAGUCAUAAUUGACACAGUAUGUUAUCUUAUAAUUAAUGUCAAAAGUUCAACUUAUUUCAAAUUCAAAGUUGACAUGGUAAGUCAUUAUGAGAUAAAAAGAUUUGUCAUAAGUCUUUUUAUCUCAGAAAUAUGACUUUAGUAUCUCAUACAGUCAAAAAUGUGAUACUAAGUCAUCGUGUCAAGGUUCUACUUUGUCAUAAUUGUGUUUUGUCAAUCUGAAUUAUGACUGUAUAUCAUAAUUUAGUUUUUUCUUUAUUACACUAAGUCAUAGUUCUGACAGUCAAAAUUAUGAGAUACUAAGUCAUAUUUGAGAUAAAAAGUCAAAAUUAUGACAAACUCAUCUACUUUAUCGUAAUUUGGACUUAAUAUCUCAUAAUGUUGAUGUGUUAUCAAAGAAGUUUCACUAAAGCUUCGGUGGCAGAAAUGAGAUUCUGUUAAAAAUAUGACCUGGACAUGUUGUGAGAUUCACCCUAACUCUAACUUCCAUCGCUCUAGAUUUUCACAAAUGCAGUUUUUCCUUCUAAAACGAAGCUGAUGCGAAGUUAGCCAUUCGUACCACAGAGAACCAUCAGUACUAUUCAAAAAGACAUAACCAUCCCUUGUCUCAUAUUUUUCUCAGAUGUGUUAGCAUGAGUGAAUAUGUAACCGGUUAAGAGACUUGGUGACUUUAGCAGAGGUCACUGCGGCAUCAUAGCAGUUUUUCAGUUAUGAAAUGCUGUGAGAUCAUGUGACAUUCCAGUGCUGGUUUCCAUGUAUGCGAUCCUAGAGAUGCUUCAGAAGCUCUGUGCGUUAUGGAAUCCUCGCUAAUGAUUUAUGCGGUAGAUGGCGCAAACAUGGCUUCUGUCGUAUAAUUAACAGCCAGUGGGAUGUCAACUUUACUGCCAUUUGCAUAUCACCAAUCUAUUCAAAAUAAACAGAUACUGCGUGUAAGUUUGCCAGAUGUCACAUUUAUUUGUCUUUGCUCUUUGUGGAUCUUCACAGAGUGGGUUCAGACCUGACUGUGCAGAACUAGACCAAUCAAUCCAUCUCAAAGAUGCGGUUUCAUUACCAAGUUGUAAAAACUGUUGACAGCCUGUGGAUGGUUUUGAUGGAUGAUGUGAACGCUGCAUGUUUGUUACACACACACACACACACACAGAGAACCAGUGACGUCUGUAACCCCAUUAAUAUCAUCUUUAUUCCAUACUGAUCUGACUCAUGAUAAAAAGAAGUCAUUUUAAGAUCAUAUUUAAUAUCUUGUUCUUUUAUUGGUCAUGCAUUAGUGGAAAUGUUUCUUUUCUUGUCUCUGAAGGUUUGUGCACAAUAAAACAAUGCCACUCUGUUCA